UCUUUUAUAGUUUCAAAAACAGUUGUAGCUUUGAAGCUAGAGAGAGUGGUGUGGAAGCAAAACCACGAUCUGUGUUUUAUUUUUCACAACAACAACACUCUUCUUUCGAUCGAAGCUCUCGACGUUCAGACAAAAGCAAAGCUUAAAAAGGUUUCGUCUUUCGUGUGUCUGCGCGAGGGAUUUGACCCCCCCCCUCUUUAGAAAUGGAGCGGUACGGUCGCGCCGGUGAAGAAGGGUCGCGAUCGGAUCCAUCUCUUGAAUGGACCACCGCUCUCCAAACCGGAGUCCAAGCUUCUGUGUGGCGAGCUGGAGGAGAAUCGUACCCGGAGAGACCCGAUGAGCCUGAUUGUAUUUAUUACUUGCGAACCGGUGCUUGCGGGUACGGGUCGAGAUGUCGGUUUAAUCACCCGCGCGAUCGUGGAGCGGUUGUUGGAGGUGUGAGAGGAGGAGGAGGAGGAGGAGAUGGAGCUCUACCGGAGAGGAUGGGGCAACCGGUUUGUCAGCAUUUUAUGAGAACGGGGACGUGUAAGUUCGGUGCUACUUGCAAGUAUCAUCACCCAAGGCAAGGAGGUGGUUCGGUUGCGCCUGUCUCGCUAAGUUAUUUGGGAUAUCCAUUACGCCCGGGAGAGAAAGAGUGUUCUUACUACCUGAGAACCGGUCAGUGUAAAUUUGGUUUGACCUGUAGAUUCAACCAUCCAGUACCUCAGCAGCAGCAGCAGCCACAGCCUCAACCUCAGCUACACACUAUUUAUCCAACGCUUCAGUCUCAACCCUCUCAACAAUACGGUUUAGUUUUGGCAAGGCCUUCUCUUUUACCUGGUUCUUAUCUCCCAAGUCAUUACGGUCCUCCUAUGGUUCUGCCUCCGGGUAUGGUUACAUACCCUGGUUGGAAUCCUUUCCAGCCUUCUUUAACUGCAAUGCCUUCGCCUGGAACUCAACCGUCUAUUGGACCGAGCUCUGUUUACGGAAUGGCACCGUUAUCUCCCUCAGGGGCUGCUUAUACAGGAACGUACCAAUCCGGUGGGCCUUCUUCCUUGACCAUCUCAAAAGAAGAGCCGUUUCCUCAGCGACCUGAUCAGCCUGAGUGUCAAUACUUUAUGAGAACCGGAGACUGUAAAUUCGGAUCUUCAUGCAGAUACCAUCAUCCUCUAGAUGCAGUUCAACCCAAAACCGGUGUUGUUCUCUUCAGCUCCAUUGGCCUUCCACUUCGUCCAGGCGUGGCGCAGUGCACUCACUUCGCGCAACACGGAAUCUGCAAGUUUGGACCAGCGUGUAAGUUCGAUCACUCGAUGAGCUCUUCGCUUAGCUACAGCCCGUCUGCUUCUUCGCUAACGGAUAUGCCCGUGGCUCCAUACCCGAUAGGAUCGUCUUCACUCAGCGGCGCAUCUGCUCCAGUAAGCUUGAGCAAUGAGCCAACCACAGAGGCUGUAACUGCAGUUUCUUCUCCUAUGGUCAGUGGUCAAGAGCCAGCGGAGACUAGUGGAGACUCGGCUAGCGUCAGUGGCAGUAUAGAAGCUAAGACUUCUUCUUCAAGUUAAAAGUAAAGGAAAAGAUUAAUGAACUAAAAAACAACAUUAAGGAAAAGAGAAAAAGAAAGAUUAUUUUUGGGGUCUGAGAUUUGAUGGGAAGCAGAGAGAGACCAAAACCAAAGCUUCUGUCAUUUACCACUUGUCCAUAUAUAAUACGUUUCUCUCAUACAGCCAUCUCUCUGUCUUGAACAAUGUUUACUACUUAAUAAAUGGCUUUAUUCACGA